UUAUUUCUGCAUUUCGGAAAGCAUGUGUAUCUCUAUACGUAGCUGGCGUUUUAGAACCCUGAUACGGAUAUCGGGCCGUUUUUAGUAACCUGACACUCUAAGGCUCUUUAGUGGCUUGUACGCCUGUGAAACAUUUAUGAGCUGGAAGGUCAGGAGCGCUGGGCACAGAAGUCUGCCUCAACAGGUGAAAGCUGCAGCAUGGGGACCGCCGGCGAACCUUUCAAGUGCCCCGUCUGCCAAGAUUUCUUCACACAACCCGUGACGCUUCAGUGUGGACACGACUUCUGCCUCACCUGCAUCCAAGCCGUCUGGGAAACAGACGAGUCCACCGAGGGCCCUUUCUUCUGUCCAGAGUGUCAGAUAUUCCUCCCCCCUGACCUCGCUCUGGAGAUAAACACGGGCCUUCAGGAAAAAGUGAAGAGCUUCACUGCGAACCGACGACCCGCCGUGGCAGAGUCCCCCUCGCUCGUCCACUGUGACCACUGCAUCGAGCGGCCGUCUGUGGCCGUCAGGACGUGCUUGACCUGCGACGCUUCGCUGUGCCAGGCCCACGCCCGGCUGCACCAGCAGAGGUCUGCUCUCAGGGAGCACACACUGGUGGAUGUGACCACGGACCCGCUGUCGCUGAAGUGCAGGGAGCACCGGGAGGAGCUCAAGCUCUUCUGUAUGGAGGAGAAGAUCCCCGUGUGCUGUUUGUGUGUCCUGGUUGGCGACCACAAGCACCACAAGGCGUCUCAGCUUCAUGAAGCCAGUGCAGACUUUAGGAGUACUUUAGCGGCUCAUAUGAACCAAUUACUGAAGAGGAGAGGUGACGCAGAACACGCCAUUAAGGACUUGGAGUCCCUUUAUGCACAAACUGUGAAAUCUGCUGCGGAUUCCAGAGAGAAAAUCUCAGACAAGUACAGCAGAAUCCGUGUGGUGUUAGACGCAGACGAGCGCCUGAUGAUGCAGAUUAUAGAUGCGGAGGAGACGUACAUGACGGACUGGCUGGAGGCCCAGAGGGGCAUCAUGGAAACGCAGAUUAAAGAGAUUGACAGAUUAAGAGCCUCCAAUAAAGAACUCCUCCAGGAAACAAAUGAUCUGCAGUUCCUUCAGCAAAUCAGAUCACAGAAUCUUUGCGACCCUCUGGAUGUUCCUCCGGUCCUGGGAGUGAACAGGGACCUCUGCGACCACGAGAAGCUGAAAACCGUGGAGAGGCUCGUCGAUGACCUCUCGCUGGCCCUGUCGCAGCACUUUCCACGAAUGUGGUCAUAUCUAAGUUCACCUGCUUUGGAUCCAAAAACCGCCCACCCGCAGCUGGAAAUAUCCCCAGAUAAAAAACAGGUGUCCUGGAAACGCCAUCCUGUUGGCGAGGGGCUCGGCCCUCAGCCUUAUGACUCCCAGUACAGCGUUCUGGCUCAGGAGAGCUUUACCAGCGGCCAGCAUUACUGGGAGGUGAUUGUCCAGGACAAACCCUUCUGGAUGAUCGGCGUCACCACGGGUCUGGUCGCUGAAAAACGCAGUCCGGCGCCGCGUUCGCCCAGCCUGGGUGUGAACAGCACAUCCUGGUGCCUCUACCACGGAGACGGGCAGUACCUGGCUUGCCACGACACUCAGGAGAAGCAGCUGUCUGUGGCAAAGAGGGUCAGGAAGCUGGGCAUACUGGCAAACAUCCAGAAGGGGGAGCUGUCGUUCUACGAUGCCGAUGCGAUGAGCCUGCUUCAUGCUUUCUGCGUGCAGUGCACAGAGCCUCUCUUCCCCAUGUUUAACCCAUGCAUUGAUGUGAACGGAGUCAACAGGCAGCCGCUCACUUUGUUCUGGAUCAAGGAUCCCUGGAAUUGGGAGGAGGGUGAAAAAUGAACGCAGGGCAGCUUUAACACCAGAACCACGUAUUAAAUUAUCUAUGAUAGCUUUACGCAUUUGAAUUUUGUGGUAUAAAAAAAAAACCACUAUAAUCAUCUAGUAAUUGAUUGUAAAUAUGUAUAAACACAGAUAUGUGAAUGAUUUACCAAGGACCAAUCCAUCUUUCUUUGGUCUUUUGGUAACAUGAUUAUACAUUUUCAGUAUAUUGUCCUGAUCUUUUUAUUCUAUAGUCACACAACUUUUGAUAUUAGGUAUAUACAUAGAGGACUUACUGUGGAAGUCCAUUGUUGUGCUUUAUGGUGUGUUGGGAAAGUAUGCACACCUCUUUGAU